GCAUUUAAGUUUUUUUGUUUAGUUAUCUUUUAAAAUUUUAUUGAAAAAAUCUAUAUCUUUUUUAUUUAAUCAGAUAAACAUAGAUAUUAUAAAAAUAAAAAAUCAGAUUAACAUGAUGUUUGAAUGAGCUCUCAAUCCUUUCGCAAAUCGGAAAGAAGCUCAGCGACUCCCGGUGGCACCAAAACUAUGAACAACUGACUAAAAUCCCAAUCCCAAAACCCUAGAAAAUCCAUUUGUUUAAUAUAAUAAUCUAUAAAUCUUCUUAUUCUCUGUUGUGAAAGUGCAAUUGAAAAAUGUCAAUGGAUCUUCAAUUGAAGUCAUGUUGCAGCGGUUGCGGAGAAACCACCGGUCUCUACGGAAGCAAUUGCAAGCACAUGACUCUAUGCUCAACCUGUGGCAAAACUAUGGCUGAAAAUCGCGCCAAAUGUUCCACCUGUGGCGCCACCCUCACUCGCUUGAUUCGAGAAUAUAAUGUUCGUGCAACUUCUGCAAACGAUAAAAAUUACUUUAUUGGAAGGUUUAUGACUGGAUUGCCUGAUUUUUCGAAGAAGAAAAGUGCUGAAAAUAAGUGGUGUUUGCAGAAGGAUGGAUUGAAGAGUCGCCAAGUUACUGAAUCUAUGAGGGAGAAGUACAAGAACAGGCCUUGGCUCUUGGAGGACGAAACAGGUCAGGCCCAGUUUCAGGGUCAUCUGGAAGGUUCACAAUCGGCUACAUAUUACCUUCUAAUGAAGGAAAAGAAGGAGUUUGUUGCCAUUCCUGCUGGGUCCUGGUACAACUUUAACAAGGUUGCACAAUAUAAGCAGUUGACCUUGGAGGAAGCAGAAGAGAAGAUGAAAAAUAGAAAAAAAACUGCUGAUGGAUAUCAAAGAUGGAUGAUGAAAGCAGCAAAUAAUGGGCCUGCUGCAUUUGGUGAACAUGUGAAGUUAGAGGACAAGGAAAGUAAUGCAGGUGGUGGGAGAAGCCGUAAAAAAACUGGCGAUGAUGACGAUGAAGGCCCUUCCUCUGAUAAAGGAGAGGAAGAUGAAGAUGAGGAAGUAGAUAGGAAGAAUAGACUUGGACUGAAAAAAAAAAGUGGCUAUGAUGAUGAUGAUGAAGUUCCAAAGGGAGGGGAUCUAGAUGACGAUGAUUAUGAUGUUGAAAAGGGUGAUGAUUGGGAACACGAAGAAAUUUUCACUGAUGAUGAUGAAGGUGUUGCUAAUGAUCCCGAGGAAAGGGAAGAUUUGGCUCCCGAAGUCCCCGCUCCUCCUGAAAUCAAGCAGGAUGAUUCUGAUGAGGAGGAGGACGAAAAUAAUGAAGAAGAGGGAGGUCUGAGUAAAUCUGGGAAAGAGCUGAAGAAGCUGCUUGGGCGAAGUGGUGGUCUGAGUGAAUCUGAUGCAGAUGAUGACGAUGACGACGAUGACGAUGAUAUUGAUGACGAGGUUGCUGUUCCUCCUGUGACUGCUGCAAAGCAGAAGGAACCUAAGGAAGAACCUGUUGACAACAGUCCUUCAAAACCUACUGCAACAGGACCUUCUCGUGGAACACCUACUUCAAAGUCUUCAAAGGGGAAAAGAAAAGCAAAUGAGGAAGCAAAGCCACCUAUUAGUGUACCACCUAAGAAGGUGAAGACAGAAAAUGAACCAAAAUCAUCUGGAAAAGAUGUAAAUGGGUCUACAUCUAAAAGUAAUGCGCCUCCAAAAGGCACACCACCACCGUCAUCAAACGCAGCUUCUGGGCCUGUAACUGAGGAAGAAAUUAGGGCUGUUCUAAUGCAAAGGACUCCAUUAACCACACAGGAGCUUGUAGCUAAAUUUAAGGGAAGAUUAAGAUGUGCAGAGGACAAGCAAGCUUUUGCUGAGAUCCUGAAGAGAAUCUCUAAGAUACAGAAAACUAAUGGAUCCAGUUAUGUUAUCCUGAGAGGGAAGUAACUUUGCAAUACCUAGUGAUUGAUUGUGUUGGAAGAUGCACCAUUGAAAAGAAAAUAUGCUAAUGCACCGUUGACAGCUUAUACCGGUUAAGAUCAGAUAUCUUUCAUAUUUUGUGCAUCUUCUUUGAGAUCCCAUGAGGAGUUUGAUUUUAAUUUUAGUAAGUUGAUGACCAUUAAGUUACUGGUUAUGUUAUUUUUGAAAGAACAAAUUUCUGAGUGUUUUAUUAGACAUGGAGAUGGUGUUACACUAAUGCAUUGCGUAAACAGGUUACACCAGUUAAUUCCUUGAAAGAAAAAAAAGCUUAUACUAGUUAAUGAUAUGGUAGAUGCAAAUUGUACAGUAUAGUCAUGCUUGUGCAUAUUUAUCAUUAUUUUCCA